AUGUCUACUCUCGAGUACCACGCUCUGAUGUUCGCUAUCGAUUACACGGCCUGGUAUCUGGGCCGACUGUUCUACCGUAUUCGUGGCCAUGACUCGCGUCAGUUCAUCUACUGCCCCGCCUUCAAGGACAUUCCGAAGCCCAACAUGACCCUGGAAUGUGAGGAAUGUGGCCCCUCCGGCUCCAAGCUUCUACUUCACCACACCAGCCUUGCUGAAGAUGGCAUCGGUUCCAUUCCCGACUUGAAGUGGACUCCUCCCCAGGCUACUGAGCCAGUCAAGGAAUACGUCUUGAUCUGCGAGGAUAUCGAUCUCCCAAUUCCUUUCCUUGUCGUCCACCACGGCCUCUUCUGGGGCAUUGACGCCACCAAGCACAACCGCGUCACUUCUACGCAGAUCUCUGUUCCUAAGAACAGCCCUCGCUGGAAGACCAGCUCGUCCUGGAAUUACGUUCCCAACCUUCGUCGUACUGCUUACGUUGGCGCCAACCCUGUUCUCGGCCAUGGUGCACACCGUUAUGUCUUCACUAUCGUCGCCCUCAAGGAAGCCUUGCAGUUUGAUAAGCCCGCCAAGGUCACCAAGUCCGACAUCAAGAAAGCGAUCGCUGGCAAGGUCGUGGGAUGGGGUCAGUGGACCGGGGAGUUCGAGAAGCCUUGGACUUGGUCCCAGUAA